AUGCCACAUAUCAGUGCCCAUCUGAGCUGCCUUUCAGUGUCACCCAUCUGUGCCAGUCAGUGCCACCUAUCAAUGCCAAUCAGUGCCACCUAUCAGUGCUGCCAAUCAGUGCCACCUAUCAGUGGCAGUCAGUGCCGCCUAACAGUGCCAGUCAGUGCCGCCUAUCAGUGCCAGUCAAUGCCACCUAUCAGUUGCCAUGUAUCAGUGCUGCCUUUCAGUGCCCAUCAGUGAUGCCUGUCAAUGCCCAUCAGUGCCACCUACCAGUGCCUCCUCAUCAGUGCCCAUCAGUGCCACCUAUCAGUGUCCAUCAGUUCAGCCUAUCAGUGCCCACCACUGCAGCCUCAUUAGCGCAUAUCAGUGAAGGAGAAAAAUCACUUAUUUACAAAAUUUUAUAA